AUGAAAUUUCCAAUCGAGACACCAAGGAAACAGGUGAACUGGGAUCCUAAAGUGGCUGUCCCUGCCGCUGUCCCCCCAGUGUGCCAGCCCAAGAGUGCCACUAACGGGCACCAGCAGGCUCCUCGCCUCUCCAUUUCCUCCAGAGCCACGGUGGUAGCCAGAAUGGAAGGUGCCUCCCAGGGGGGCCUGCAGACGGUCAUGAAGUGGAAAACAGUGGUUGCCAUCUUUGUGGUCGUCGUGGUCUACCUCGUCACUGGUGGCCUGGUCUUCCGGGCACUGGAGCAGCCCUUUGAGAGCAGUCAGAAGAACACCAUCGCCUUGGAGAAGGCAGAAUUCCUGCGGGAUCACAUCUGUGUGAGUCCCCAGGAGCUGGAGACUUUGAUCCAGCAUGCCCUGGAUGCUGACAAUGCAGGCGUGAGCCCCAUAGGAAACUCUUCCAACAGCAGCAGUCACUGGGACCUUGGAAGUGCCUUUUUCUUUGCUGGAACUGUCAUCACCACCAUAGGGUAUGGGAAUAUUGCUCCAAGCACUGAAGGAGGCAAAAUCUUUUGUAUUUUAUAUGCCAUCUUUGGGAUUCCACUCUUUGGUUUCUUAUUGGCUGGAAUUGGAGACCAACUUGGAACCAUCUUUGGGAAAAGCAUUGCCAGAGUGGAGAAAGUCUUUCGAAAAAAGCAAGUGAGCCAGACCAAGAUCCGGGUCAUCUCAACUAUCCUGUUCAUCCUGGCGGGCUGCAUUGUGUUUGUGACAAUCCCAGCUGUCAUCUUUAAAUACAUCGAGGGAUGGACAGCCUUGGAGUCCAUUUAUUUUGUGGUCGUCACUCUGACCACAGUGGGCUUUGGUGAUUUCGUGGCAGGGGGAAAUGCUGGCAUCAAUUACCGGGAGUGGUACAAGCCCCUGGUAUGGUUCUGGAUCCUUGUUGGCCUGGCCUACUUUGCGGCUGUUCUCAGUAUGAUUGGAGACUGGCUACGGGUUCUCUCCAAAAAGACAAAAGAAGAGGUCGGUGAGAUCAAGGCCCACGCCGCCGAGUGGAAGGCCAACGUGACGGCCGAGUUCCGGGAGACCAGGCGGCGGCUCAGCGUGGAGAUCCACGACAAGCUGCAGCGGGCCGCCACCAUCCGCAGCAUGGAGCGCCGGCGGCUGGGCCUGGACCAGAGGGCCCACUCGCUGGACAUGCUGUCCCCGGAGAAGCGCUCCGUCUUCGCUGCCCUCGACGCGGGCCGCUUCAAGGCCUCCUCCCAAGAGAGCAUCAACAACCGGCCCAACAACCUGCGCCUUAAGGGCUCCGAGCAGCUCAACAAACACGGGCAAGGUGCCUCUGAAGACAACAUCAUCAACAAGUUCGGGUCCACUUCCAAACUCACCAAGAGGAAAAACAAAGACCUCAAAAAGACUUUGCCUGAGGACGUCCAGAAAAUCUACAAGACCUUCCGCAAUUACUCCCUUGAUGAAGAGAAGAAAGAGGAGGAGACGGAAAAAAUGUGUAACUCAGACAACUCCAGCACGGCCAUGCUGACCGAGUGCAUCCAGCAGCCCGCUGAGCGGGACAACGCAAUGGUCCCCGCAGACACCAAAGACCAGGAGCUCGAGAACAACGCUCUACUUGAAGACAGAAACUAA